AUGGCGUCGACGACGACGACCAGACUGGUCGCCGGAGUGAGUGAGAAGUUCGCCUACCUGGCAUCUUUGCGGGACCCAAGGACCGCCGGUUGGAGCCUCACGGCGGACCUGAGGUUCAUGUUGCCAGUGUGUCUCGGCUACCUUUACGUGGUGAAGAUAGCGGGUCCGCGGUGGAUGAUGAACCGGAAGCCCUACAACCUCAAGGCGGCCAUCAUGGGCUACAACGUGUUCCAGGUGAUUGCGAACGCUUUCUUUUUCGUGCAGUACACGCGUCUCACGUACUUCGGUGGUAACUACAACCUGUUCUGCCAGGGCAUUGACUACUCUCUGAACGAGAACGAGUUGCGCAUUCUUCGAAUUUCGUGGUGGUACCUCUUUGUGCGGAUCGCCGACUUCAUGGACACUUUCUUCUUUGUGGCGACGAAGAAGUUCUCUCACAUCACGUACCUGCACGUCGUUCACCACUUUCUGGUCGUGCUCAACGGCUGGGUCUACCUCGCCUUCGGAGCUAGCGGUCAGCUCAUCAUGGUCCUGUGCCUCAACACUCUCGUGCACGUCGUGAUGUAUGGUUACUACCUGCUCUCCUCACUCGGGCCCAGCAUUCAGAAGUACCUUUGGUGGAAGCGGUACCUCACCAGGUUGCAGAUCUUCCAGAUCGUCUUCCUAACGCUGCACGGAUGCAUUCCUCUCUUUUACGAUUGUGGAUACCCCAGAGCGCUCCUGCUGCUCGCCCUUCCACAAUCUCUGGUGGUUCUUGCGCUCUUUGUCAACUUCUACAUUCGGUCGUACACGGGCAAACCUGACCUUUGCAUUUCUCAAACAGGCAAAGAGCAAUAA